UUCUACGAUCAUAAAGUCACUGCAUUAAGUUCAAUUACUUUAAGUAUACUUAAUAUUUUAAUUAAACUACAUUAAGUAUACUUAAUAUUUCAAUUUAAUAACAGUUUAUAAUGGAGGAUUCAAAACUUGUAAAACUAGUAAAACAGUAUGACUGCAUUUACAACAAAAAUAAUAUGGACUUCAAAUCCAUUUCAAAGAAAAGAGCUGCUUGGCAGCGCAUAGCUCAUGAGAUGGGAGUUCAUGAACAGGAUUGUGUACGUCGUUGGACGAAUUUGAGGGAGCGCUUUACCAAAGAAAACCGUCGGGUGAGUGCACUUGCUAAUAAUGGUAUGACUACGCCAAACCUAUGGCCGCUAUACAAUGAACUGACUUUUUUAAAGUCACACAUAGUACCUCGAGUGAACCGUCAGAAAUGGAUAUUUACCGCUGAAGGUAAGGAACCACAAAUGGAUUAUAGGGCAGAAUCUUCCAUGAAUGGACAAGAAGAUGCUAAUGAAUAUGAAUGUUUUACGGAACCGUACCAAUUUAAAAGUUCUGCAUCUAUCUUAUCCGAGACGGAUACAUUAGAGGAAGAGGUUGAGGUUUUCAUUCCUAACGAUACGUCACAAUCAUCACCAACGUUUAAACCGGAAAUACAAAAUGAAUCUUAUCAUACACAAAAUGCGAAUCGUGAUUUAUAUGCAGCUUUAAAAAUGAUUAAACAAGAUUAUGGAAGUCUGAGAUCACGUCACCAAAAUCCUGCUGUACAAGGUUUUGGUCAAAUGAUUAUGGAAACUAUCAGUGGAAUGAGUGAACGAAAGCAAGCGAUAGCAAUGCAAAGAGUAACCGAACUGGUAAUGAACAUAAAACUAGAACCCGAAGCUUAAUAAAAAAAACAAGCAAUAAAGUUAGCUGCAAUUGUACCAAAUUAAAUUGUGUUAGAAAAUAUAUAGUACCAUGAUUUUGUUCGAUUAGGUUGGAUGGCAGCUAUAGUGGUCCGACCUCAACCAUUUAUUCAAUGAUUGAAAAAUUUCGUGCAGAUAGCUUCAGAAAGACAGGAACUUAAAUUUGAUCGAACAAUUUGUAUGGCAAAGUUCCAAAAUCGGCGGCUCUGACAAAUGAGCAGCUUCUUGGGAAGAAAAGUGCGUGCACAAAAUUUUAUAUCGAUAUCUCAAAAGCUGAGGAAUUUUUUGCAAAUACACAGACAGACGGACAUGUUUUAUAAUUGGUUUUAUUUAAAUAUUAAUAUAGGUUAAUAUACUUUUAUAAACUCAUAACAAAAAUACAUACAUAU